UCCAGCAAACAAUCCAACACGAAACAAGUAGCGUGUGCCGCUGGUUUUAUUACAUUAGUUCAGCAGUGCAGCUAAAAAGAACAGCCUUUAAAUUUCUUCUAUAUAUGUUGAAAAUAUUCGUUUAAACAACUUUAUAUUUUCUUAUAAAAUGAAUCGUACAGCAAUAAAUGUGUCGAGAACUGAUCGUUCGAUGCAUACAUCGCGUACACCGCGAGUGCGAGCACGUCAGCGAUUCGAUUUAACUACUAGGUCAGAAGAGGAUGAGGAAAUUAAUAUUUCGGGGUUAGACGAUCUAGUAGAUCAGACAUGGAACAUUUGUGCGGUAUCUGCUCUAUUUGGUUUUCAACAUGAUGAUGUCUCUUUGAAACUAUACUCAAAGAAAUUGAGAGAAGAAGUUGCAAAACGUUUAUCUCAUGAAGAUCUAACAUAUAAUGCAAAUUUUUCUAUAAUGGAAAAUAUUACAUCCAGAACUAGUCAUGAAAAUUAUUCAGCAAUAAAGAUAGAAGUUUUAGCCAAAACUAGUGAACAUGACAAAGAAAAAUCCAUUUACAAAGGAAUAUUAUUAUCUUGGAGAACAACACAGAUUCAACCAGACACAAAGAAUUCCACAAGAUUGCCUCUUCUAUUGUGUCGUGGCACACGUAAUUGUAUGAAUGCUGUACAUAUUGUUAUUACUCAUAUGUUUGACUGUAUGGUAAUGGCAUUGCCAGUUGAUGAGAAUGACCUAAAGUGGCUUAUUCCAAUUAUGAUUAUAUCAGUUAACAAAGAUGAGGAACCUAUAAUCUCUGGUGAGGUUCAUAUGGAAUACACAGUACCAGAAUUACCAGUUACAGAUACCAUUAAAGUCAAAUUUGAUAUCUCAGAGCUAAGGAAAAUAUUAACAAGCAUUGUAGACCAAGAUAACAAUAUGAUUAACACAAUUCUUGACCUUAAACACAUAGAACAGUUUUAUGAAGUUCUACAUACGCAAAUGUUAACAAUAGGAGGGAUACAAUUGGGACUAUGUACAUUGCAUAGAAUUAAUCUGCCUGGAAUAACAAUAAUGGAAAACAGAAUGAAGAUAAUGGAUGUAGAAAUUAUGAAUCGUACUUUGUUAUAUCUAUAUGAGAAAGCCUUUGAUAUGUUUCAUACAUUACAUAUUGACAUAUAAAUGUUUAUCAUGUAUUUUGUUAUUUUGUAAUACAUAUAAUAUCUAUAUUCAGAAA